AUGAACUCCCUGGAGAGACUCCUGUGGGGUGGGGCUGAGGCUCGCUGGCUCCCACGGUCCAGCGCCAUCUCCGUGGUGAAAAUCCUGAGGGUGCUGAGAGUCCUGCGGCCGCUGCGGGCCAUUAACAGAGCGAAGGGGCUGAAGCACGUAGUCCAGUGCGUGUUCGUGGCCAUCAAGACCAUCGGCAACAUUGUGAUUGUCACCACCCUGCUGCAGUUCAUGUUGGCCUGCAUCGGGGUGCAGCUCUUCAAGGGGAAGUUUAGGAGCUGUACGGAUCCGGCCAAGAUGACAGAAGAGGAAUGCAGGCUGCUGUACAAGGCCAUUGACACCCACACCGAGGACAUGGGCCCCAUCUACAACUACCGGGUGGAGAUCGCCAUCUUCUUCAUCAUCUACAUCAUCCUCAUCGCCUUCUUCAUGAUGAACCUCUUCGUCGGCUUUGUCCUCGUCACCUUCCAGGAGCAGGGCGAGAGCGAAUACAAGAACUGCGAGCUGGACAAGAACCAGCGCCAGUGUGUCCAGUACGCGCUGAAAGCCCGCCCUCUGAGACGCUACAUCCCCAAGAACCCCUAUCAGUACCAGAUUUGGUAUGUGGUGACCUCCUACUACUUCGAGUACCUCAUGUUCUUCCUGAUCAUGCUGAACACCAUCUGCCUGGGCAUGCAGCACUACAACCAGUCAGCUGAGAUGAACCACCUCUCAGACAACUUGAAUGUGGCCUUCACCAUCCUCUUCACCCUGGAGAUGUUCCUCAAGCUCAUGGCCUUCAAAGCCAAGGGCUAUUUCAGCAACCCCUGGAACGUCUUUGAUUUCCUCAUCGUCAUCGGUAGCAUCAUCGACGUCAUCCUGAGCGAGAUCGAUCCCCAUCUGCGACUGUCUCACAACCUAGCCUGGCAUCACACUCCCAGAGGCUAGCGCGGAUUAGGCGUAGGAAGAAGAGGACACGGGAGGACAUGUUCUCUGAGCUUAUGGCCUGUUCCCAAGCCCAGGCAGCACAGCAGACCCAGUGGCGGGAGAACUUGACCCGAAUGCACCAAGCAAACAUGGAUCCGGAGGAGAGGUGGCGGCAGGAAGACCAGCAGGCGACUCAAACGCUGCUUGGACUACUGAGCGAGCAAACAGACACGCUCCGGCGCCUUGUGGAUGUUCUGCAGGAACGGAGGCAGGAGGACAGAGCCCCGCUGCAGUCCAUCUCUAACCGCCCUCCCCCGCCACCAAGUCCCAUACCCACCUCACCCAAAGUGCAAAGAAGGAGAGGCGGCAGAGUCCGUGCUAACUCUCACUCCACCCCUGCAGAGAGCUCUAGUAACAGAAGGCUCUCAUUCCCCAAAAU